GCCUUUGUCCGGAACAGUGAUCGAUUUGAAGUCGUCAAUAAUCGGAAAUUAGGAUCCGUCAAUAAAUUUACCUAAAUAUUGUCGUUCAAUGUGCAGCGAUGACUUCGGAAAAUGUAAAAGUCAUUGCGAGAUGUCGGCCGAUGAACGCGAGGGAACGGGCAUUAAACAGUAAGAACGUGGUGUUUAUAGACUCGGAAAAAUGCACUUGUUCGAUCGUCAAUCCCACGGAUGGUUCGGCGCCGCCGAAAACGUUUACGUUCGACGGCGUGUACGGGCCCGAUUCAAACACGGAGCAGAUAUACAACGACAUCGCUUAUCCUUUUGUGGAAGGUAUAUUAGAGGGUUACAACUGCACGGUGUUUGCGUACGGGCAGACUGGAUGUGGUAAGAGUUUCUCGAUGCAGGGUGUAGACUCACCGCCGCAUCAACGCGGUAUCAUACCCAGAGCCUUCGAACACGUCUUCGAGGCAAUAUCUGUCACGGACGACGUUAAGUUCUUGGUGCUCGCCUCGUAUAUUGAGAUCUAUAACGAGGAAGUGAGAGACCUGUUGAGUACGGACACCAAACGGAGACUUGAAUUGAAGGAGAAUCCAGAGAGGGGAGUCUACGUACACGAGUUGUCACAUCAUGCCGUGCAUGACGUGAUCGAAUGUCAAAAGCUCAUGGAACAGGGUUGGAGGAAUAGAGCUACCGGGGCCACAAUGAUGAACGCCGACUCUUCCAGGAGCCAUUCGAUUUUCACCAUAUCCGUAGAAAUGAUGUCAACGUCGCAAGAUGUCGAUGAAAUUAAGUCGAUAAAACGAGGUAAGCUGAGUCUGGUGGACUUGGCGGGCAGCGAACGUCAGGCGAAAACCGGAGCCUCGGGUGAUAGGCUUAGAGAAGCCACAAAAAUUAAUCUUUCUUUGUCGGCCUUGGGCAACGUGAUAUCAGCCCUGGUUGACGGAAAAGCAAAACACAUACCGUACAGAGAUUCAAAACUCACCCGAUUGCUACAAGAUUCUCUUGGUGGAAAUACUAAAACGCUGAUGGUCGCUUGUCUUUCGCCUGCAGACAAUAACUAUGACGAGACCUUGUCGACAUUGAGGUAUGCUAAUCGCGCCAAGAACAUAUACAACGAACCACAUGUAAACGAAGAUCCCAAAGACACGAUGCUGCGCCAGUAUCAAGAACAGAUAAAGAAACUAAAAGAACUGUUGGAAGCUUCCACUGCUCAGUUUCCCUCGAGUAACGGCCAGAACGAUAUUUCCGAAAAAGAAAAAUUGCGACUGGAGUAUCAAGAUGAAAUGAUCAAACUAAGGGAAAAAUAUCAAGAAGAAUACAAUUCUAAGUGUCAGAUGCAAGCAGAUUUGAAAACGUUAAAAGAGAAGUACGACAAAAACUUGGCAAAAAUCUCGAACCAAAACGAAAAUAAUUGUAGGACUUCAUCCCCGCAGCAGAUAGUGGAAAAAGCAUUGAAGAACAAUCGAGUAGAAUUAAACUCAUCACAACAGGAAAUAUUGAAAAGGUUGAAGAAAUUGCAAGAGAGUAUGGUUGGCGGUGAGCGAGUCAACGACAAAGAGCUUCAGGAACGUCGAUUGCGCAAGAAAAAAGCAGCCGAGAGACGGUUGAACGCAUUAGCGAGGGCGCUAGCCACUGUCGAGACCGAAGACGGACCGAACUUGGUGUUGGGCGUGUACGACGAUAUACAGGAAGAGCUGAGGGCCAAGAACGAGGCGUUGAAGAAGUAUAGACAAAAACUGAAAGCGUCGGACAGAGAGGUGGCGGAUAUCCAGAGCGAAUUUGAAAACGAGCGGACGGAUUAUUUAGAAACAAUUAGAAAACAAGAGCGACAGAUCAAACUGCAGAGUCAAAUCUUAGAAAAAAUCGUGCCAACGCUAUCGAAAGAAUGCAAUUAUAGCAACUUGGAGAGGUUGAAAGAAGAUGCGGAAUGGGAGGACGACACGCAAAGUUGGAUACUGCCGGAGCUGACGAGGAUAAAACUACCUCCGGCUUCGGCUAUUAUUUCGGGAUUUGGACGGGUAGGUGCGUCGUCUUCGGGCUGCAGGCAGUCCAUUAACUCGCUGACCGCUCCGGCUAGAUUAGAAAACUCUGAAAAUUCGUUGGCGAUUUAUACGUUCCAUCCGCUACAGAAGUAUCAGAAAUCGACAGAAGACGAUUUUGCCGGCAAUUACUUUAAACCAAAACGAGCUACUGAGUUGCUGAUACAAUCCCACGGAGAGUCUGGUCGACCGUUUCAUAAAUGGAAAGGACACAGACGAAUAUCACCAGAAAAUAUAGUUAAAAAGCCGACGAAAUUAGAAUCUCUCCUUCCGGUUAUUGGUGACCGAAAAUUACAAAAGAAUACCUUGGACAGAAUUUAAAAAAAUAUGUUCCUACAUUUAAUAAUAU